CCGGGAGGGGCGCUCGCGCCUGCGCGCGGCCCAGCCCCUCCCGGCGCAGGCGCGGUGGUGGAGCGGGGGGUGUCGCCGCCGCCGCCGCGGCGCGGAGCUGCCAUGGAGAAUAAUGAAAGUAAUGCUAAGGAUGCGAAGACCAUGUUGGCUGAAGAUGACAGCGGAGACGUAGUUCAACAGAAGGCUCGGGAAGAAAUUCUUUUCCAUGAGGAAACCAUUGAUCUUGGUGGAGAUGAAUUUGAGUCUGAAGGGAAUGAAACUGUAUCAGAAGAUUCAAAUAAUUUUGUAGAUAAACUUAAUGAACAAAUGAUGGAGAGUGUAAUUAUUUCAGAUUCUCCAAACAACAGCGAAGAUGACACAGCUGAACUUGGUUGUCUCCAGGAGAUAGUAGAACAGAUGGAAGCUAAAGAUACUCAAAAGACACAAGAAGAAGUGGAUAAAGAAGAGUUUUUAAGUAACGAGAGUGAAACUGAACACGAAGAAACACCCAAAGACAUUUCUGAGAUCGGAACAGAUGAUCAGGCAUCUUUAAAGGAAGAAUCAAUUCAAGAAGCAGUGAAGGAGGAACCAACGUUGAGAAACAACAUUCAUGUUGAAGCAAAACCAAGUAAUACUGGUGAAAGCCAACCUGAGGAUGAGACAUCGUCACCUAGUACUAGCAAACCAUCUUCUGAGGCUGAGCCUAUUCCUGUGUGUACCAUCUUCAGCCAAGCAAACAAUGUUAAUACGCAGCCACAGUUGUUCCUACCUGAUGGUUUUGAGCCUCAGAUGGUAAAAUCUCCCAGUUUUAGUAGUAUAAUUGAGACUCCUGUGAAGUCUAAUCCACAGGUGGUUCAACCGAGUCCGAGUCUAAGCAAGUUCUUCGGCGAUACUGUUAACACUAAUACUUUAGCUUCUGAUUUUUUUGAUUCAUUUACCACAUCCAAUUUUAUUUCUGUUAGUAAUCCCAAUGCAAGCUCUUCAGUUCCAGAACAAAUGUCUUCUAUUUCUAACGGUGGAGACAGUUCUUGCACUUCAUCUAAUGCUACUUUCUCUGUGCGAAAUGGGAGACCUGAAGCAGGUGGUCCUCCAUCGUCUUUAGAAAUAACUCAGUCCCCCAAGCCGUUCUCACAAAUCCAAGCUGUUUUUGCUGGGAGUGAUGACCCUUUUGCCACAGCCUUAAAUAUGAGUGAACUAGAUAGAAGAAAUGAUGCUUGGCUUCCUAGUGAGGAAACCAGAAAUGUUCUAAUUUCAGUUGCCACACAACAGUACAGCACUGUGUUCAUAGAUAAAGAGAAUCUCACCAUGCCUGGAUUAAAAUUUGAUAAUAUCCAGGGAGAUGCAGUAAAAGACUUAAUGCUUCGCUUCUUGGGGGAGCAAGCUGCAGUGAAGAGACAAGUUUUAAACGCCAACUCUGUAGAACAGUCAUUUGUAGGCUUGAAACAGCUAAUUAGCAGUAAAAACUGGAGGGCAGCAGUUGACCUGUGUGGGCGGCUUCUAACUGCACAUGGUCAAGGCUAUAAAAAAAGUGGGCUACCUACUAACCAUACAACAGAUUCUUUACAGCUGUGGUUUGUGAGACUAGCACUGUUGGUUAAAUUGAAUCUAUUCCAAAAUGCAGAAGUGGAAUUUGAGCCAUUUGGAAAUUUAGACCAGCCUGAUCUUUAUUAUGAAUAUUACCCUCAUGUAUACCCCGGACGAAAAGGUUCUAUGGUUCCUUUCUCCAUGCGGAUUUUACAUGCCGAACUUCCUCAGUACCUAGGUAAUCCUCAGGAAUCACUUGACAGACUGCAUAGUAUGAAGAUAAUCUGCACCAAGAUACUAGAAAAUUUGGAACAAGGCUUAGCUGAAGAUGGAAGUAUGACUAACAUUACACAGGAGAACAGACAAGCCUCUGUUCAGCUGUGGAGGUCACGUCUGGGCCGGGUGAUGUACUCCAUGGCAAACUGUCUGCUAAUGAUGAAGGACUAUGUGCUUGCUGUAGAUGCUUACCACACUGUCAUCAAAUAUUACCCACAGCAAGAGCCUCAGCUGUUGAGUGGAAUUGGAAGGAUUUUCCUUCAGAUUGGAGACAUAAAAACUGCAGAAAAAUAUUUUCAAGAUGUUGAGAAAGUGACUCACAAAUUGGAUGGACUACAGAGCCAAAUUAUGGUUUUAAUGAACAGAGCAUUUCUCCACCUUGGUCAGAAUAAUUUUGCGGAAGCUCAUCGAUUUUUCACAGAAAUUUUAAGGAUCGACUCAUCAAAUGCUGUGGCCAAUAACAAUGCUGCUGUUUGUCUUCUUUAUCUGGGAAAACUGAAGGAUUCCCUCCGGCAGUUGGAAGGAAUGGUACAGCAGGACCCUAAACACUACCUACAUGAGAGUGUUCUCUUCAACCUCACCACUAUGUAUGAACUGGAGUCAUCCCGCAGCAUGCAGAAGAAGCAGGCACUUUUAGAGGCUGUAGCUAUCAAAGAGGGCGAUAGCUUUAAUACUCAGUGUCUCAAGUUAGGAUAGAUCAUUUCCAACUGAUUUUUUCCAGCAAGGCUGAUUUUUUAAAUUGUAUAUACUCUUGCUAAUGUGUAAAUGUGAAAUAAAAUCUAUUCAGUUAUGAAUAUUCAGUGGCAUUACUACAGAAUCUGUUGUCUCCAACAGUCCUAUCAUUGUGAAGACUUUGUGCUGACCUAGACCCAGCUUCAUCCCUACAAGUCUCUUACUGUUUAGUUAUUCUUCAUUACAGUGUACUAUAUAGAGAGAGUCAACUCCUCAGAUUCUUUUUAUAAGAAAAACUGAAUUUGAACUUAUAUUGUCUUGAUGAUUGUAACAGUUUUUCAGUAAUUAGUGAGCAAAUCACAUGAGCUGAUUUUAUCAGGUAAGAGUUACUGACAGAAUGUCAGUAUGUGUAUUAUAGAAAUGAAAUUCUGAAUGUACUUCUCUUCCCUUGCUUCUGCUGUGUGUGUCUCAUUUUGCCCCCAUCCAGCUAUUGAGUAUUAUACCUUUGUACGUCCACUGCUCUCAAAGGAGGUUGCUCGAUAGCCACCAUACAGAAUCACAGCAUGAUUGAGGUUGGAAGGGACCACUGGAGAUCAUCUGAUCUGGAGAUCACCCAGUCAGGCAGGGCCACCUGAAGCAGGUUGCCCAGAUGGCACAUGAGGGAGCCCCACAGUAGGAAUUUCCCACAGUAUGAGGGACUGUAUCAUCUGAAUGAUACUACAUGGUCUCUCUAUACUUUCUUAGUUUUGUGAUACCAUUAAAUCUUUUAGGUUAAAGCAUUUGGAUUCUGGAAAGCUGUGGGUAGGAGUGGAGGAUUUCUCUAUUCCCAAACUAAGGCUUCCUUCUAUACUUCUUCCCUCUCUUCUACUCCCUGGUCAACAUCUCUAUUCGGAAGUUACCAGCAGAUGUCACGAGGUUGUUCUAAAAACCUUGUGCGUGGGUAUUUCAGCUCUUAGUAUACUACAGCUGUCUUCCUCAUGCCUACCCUAGAGCCUGUGGAUUCCUCUCGGUGGAGACAGGCACAGCUGCUCCUCUCUGGCGUUCUGCUGGGUGGAGAAAGGAGCACUGCCAGGUAGGCAGAGCGGAAACACAACCCAUUCCAGCUCAGCUCCUCGCCUGUUACCAAGUGAAAACACCAUGCAGAAAGUAUUUCCCAGGGGAAAGGAUGGCGAGACUGAGGCAGAGGUAUCUCAGGGCUGGCUAGACCAUGCGGAGUGGAAGCAAAUGGGGUGAUGCGGGGCAGGACACAAGGCAGUUAUUGAUGCAACAGGACCAACAUACAGUGAUUUCGGCAUCCCUUGGAACACAGAGUUUUGGUAUCCCAGAACCAGUGUGGUAUCGAUGUAUUUCACAUCUCUGCCCACAUUUCUCCCUUCAUCUCUAUUGUAAAGAUUGAAUCCAGACACUCCCACUCCUUGUACAUGAAUACAAUAUAUAGUUCUGUUUAUUUUUUUUACUGUUUUGAGAUUUAGCGUUUAGUGAAUGGAGUAGCUUCUUGUCAUGUAUCACUGCCAUGGGACAAUUCUGUAAGUGUAUUUGUUACUUUUUUUAUACCACAUCCAUCAAUUAGUUCUUACUGUCUUUACCCCCACCUGUAUUUUUAAGUAACUAACAACUCAUUUUUAUGUUUGUCCAACUGGAGAUACUGUACAGGGUCCAAACAGUUGUCCCUGAAAAUCAGGUGGUUUGAAAACUGCUGAAAGCCGGACAUGCAAAAAAAAAAUGAGGAUGUCUGAAAAUCACCAGUCACCUCAAAAGACGUAAGCCUACAGCUUUUCUCAUACAGAGAGAGAUUUUGUUCCAUUUUUACAGGAUACGUAUGUUUUACAGGUCAUACUUGUGCUCUGAAACAAUGGCUAUUUAUGUACCAAUGAACUGAAAAAAAUUAAAUCAGUUGGUAUUUCUGUUUCUGG